CUGUCAGGCUGGUGAAUGGGACUAGUCUGUGUUCAGGCAGACUGGAGGUGAAGUCUGAGCAGUCGUGGUCCUCAGUGUGUGAAGCUGACUUUGACCAGCAGGAUGCAGAGGUGGUCUGUAGGGAGCUUGGCUGUGAGGCUCCUUCAGUCCUCCAGGGGGCGCUCUAUGGAGAAGUGGAGGCUCCAAUGUGGACCAAAGAGUUCCAGUGUGGAGGCCAUGAGUCUGCUCUCCUGGACUGUAGAAGAUCAGACUCAGCUAGAAGAACCUGCUCACCUGGUAAAGCUGUUGGACUCACCUGCUCAGAGCCUGUCAGGUUGGUGGGAGGAGCCAGUCGCUGUGCAGGUACACUGGAGGUGAAACAGGGAGAGUGGACACCAGUGAUUUCCUCUGACUUCUUCAGGAGUAACUCUGUCAGGACCCUGAAGGAAACAGAUAUAAUAUGCAGAUAUUUGGACUGUUCCUCUUCGUCCAUCAUGGAGAUCACCUGCUCAGUUCAGAAGCAGGUUUCAGGGGGCAUCCCUACCUCAGACCAGUGUUAA